GCGGGGCUGGGGGCUAGCCUCGCUGAGGUGGUGGUUCACACACUGCCCGUGUACCCCUAGGGGUACACAGAUGUCUCCUGCGGGGGGGUAUGUCAACACAUCUAGAUAUUUGCCAGGCGUUACAACAGGCUACAUAAAAAGCACUAGCGAAGUCAGGACAAACUAAAAUUUCAGACAGACAGUGACUUGUUUAUACUGCUCUGUAGACUAUACACUGAAAUGUAAGGACAAUAUUUAUAUUUCAGUUGAUGUCUUUUAUAAUUAUAGGGUAUAAACGAGAAAGUCAACAAUUGAUCAGUACUAGUGGCCGUGACAUGUCUGUAUUUUCAUGUCGGAUUGUGGAAGCAAGUGGUUCUGAAGUGAGGUGAAACUUGCGAGGCAAAGCAGCCUCCUGAAAGGGGUGUGGUAGUCUGGAAAGGUUGAGAGCCACUGGUGUAGACACGCCAGAGGGCUCUGGUGAUUCCAACGGGAGGGGAGCUCUGGUCCCUCUCUCCCUCCUCUGCAUGUCGCUGAGCUUCCUGGGUCAUCGGCUGCAGCGUGAGCCAUGAGCUGAGAGGCAGAGACGCUGCUGCUCCCCAGCGGGGUCUGUGCAGGGAGAGACCUGCAUUAACCCCCCUCUGUGCCCAGCCCGGGUGGGGACUUUCUCCGGUGUCUGGAACCAGCCCCAGGCUCUGCUGACACCAGCUCCUGAGCCGGAGCCUGCAGGUGAUGGGGAGACCUGGGGGAAAGGCCAAAUUGGGGGAAUCACGCUGGGAAAACAGCGUGGAGGGACCAUAAAGGGAUGGGGGUUGUUCUUUGUCUCUCAGGGGUUUGCUUGUCAGGAAGGGAGAGGGUGAGAAAGAAGGCAACAAUGGUGCGGGAAGGAGAGAUGGGAGGGCAGAGAGGGUGACCCAAAGGAGAAGGGAGAGUCUGUUAUGUUACACAGACAAGGUGGGGGAGGUGAUCUCUUUUGUUGGACCGACUUCAAAAGGGACACACUUCCGAGCUUACACAGAGCUUGCCUACGAGGAGGGGUUAAAAAGACUGAGAGUGUCCAGUUUAGGAAAGAGACAACUACAGAGGCCUAUAAAAUCAUGCCUGGUGUGGAGACAGUGAAUAGAGGAAUGUUAUUGGCCCCUUCACGUCACACAAGAACCGUGGUGGGGGACAGGGGUCACGCAAUGAACUGAAUAGGCAGCAGGUUUCAAACAAACAAAAGGAAGUAUUUCUUCACACGAUGCGCAGUCAAUCUGUGGAACUCCUUGCCAGAGGAUGUUGCGAAGGCCAAAACUAUAACAGGGUUCAAAAAAGAACUAGAUAAGUUCCUGGAGGAUAGGUCCAUCAAUGGCUAUUAGCCAGGAUGGGCAGGGAUGCAACCCCAUGCUCUGGGUGUCCAGCUGCUGCUGUGGGGAUGCGCUGCCCUUGGGGCCAGUCCUAAGGGAAACCCCUCAAACUGGCUCCUUUGAUGCUGCUCUUUUCUAGUGUCUGGCUCAGAGACGCUGUUCCUGGGAGAGUUUAAAGGUGUCUCGAUGGGGUUAGUCAUGCUGGAAGGGGCUGGGGCUGCGCUGUCUUAAAAUGACCCAGGGUUUUUCCCAGCCUGCCAGAGUCUGAAUAUAUGUCUGCAAGGACAGAGCUGGGGUGUGUGGAAAUCAGGGCGUGAGAAUGGAAAAGCCUCUUGAAAUCUCCGGGUCGAUUGCCCUUCUCGCUCUGCCAGGUGGCGGAAUAACAGCCCUGUUUCUGUGCCGGGAAAUGGCUGCCUCAGAGCCCAUGCAGGUAGGGCAUUUUCAGGGAGCUGCAGGAUUGGUUUCUAUUAGAGGGGGAGGAGCAGGAAUUACGCAGGGGGAGGACAGGCUGGGCCUGCCCUGCUGGGCCGUGGUUAAUCUGGAGCUUGUUUUUUCAGAGGAGGCCCAUUGGGCGGGAGGUGGGAAUUUGCCCAUUUCUGGAAUAGGAAACAACCCCCCUGGACAGGGCUGGGAAGGAAAACUUAACAGAUCCCUGGCGCUGCAGCCUGAACCUACCAGCCAGAGGCUGCUGUGGAAUACGAAGGGGGCACCCAGAGGAGAGGCCCCAUCCCCUCACCCCCAGCUGCUGGGAAUAGGGGGGUGUUGGGAUUCCUGUCCCUGGACCCUGCUCCGGAUCUCCAUCUCCUCUACCAGCCUCUGGCUAGUGGGUGUAUGAUAAACAGGAAGGCUCCUGCUCUCCUCCCCCGGGAAUAGUGGGAAUGUAGCUGGGGCAGCAGGUGCUGAGGGGGGGACUCUUGUGUCAGAUGCUGGUGACCUUCAAGGAGGUGGCUGUGUGUUUCACCCAGGGAGGGGGCCCUGCUGGAUCCUGCUCAGAGAGACCUCUACGGGGACGUCAUGCAGGAGAACUAUGAGACGGUGACCACGCUGGAUAAGGAAUUCCUGUGCCCUCGGUUAUUUGAAGCUAGGGGAGGGGGGCUGCGAUGUGGUCAGUGUGGCUUGUGGUCCCUUAGAUUUUAAGGCUCCAAUGUCCCCAGAUCCAGUGUGAGAGAGACUUUACUCUCUUUGCCUUCUUCCAUGGGGUUAGGGAGUCAGAAAUACAAUGGAGAGGAUUAUCCAUUCCCAUCCCAACAGCUUUCAAGGGGGCGGAAGCAGCGCAUUGACCUGCCUGUAUUAAUUCUCACUCCCACACACAAUCCCUGUCCCCCUCCCUUCCUGGAACUAGCUCCGUGUCUGUGGAGGGCUCUGAAGACUGAGGAAAAGGCGGGGGCUGAACGGCAGAGCCAUGUCAGCAAAUCCCCUAGAGUGCACAGAUCCUGGAAGCCCCCCCUCCAAACAUCUGCCUCUCCCACAGGGGCUCAGUGACCAUGUUCCCGUCCGUUCAGAGUCUGUGGCCCCCGCAGCCCAGCACAGGGUCAGGUUAAAAUCAAGGAAUGUUCUUUGUAACAAAUCCUCUCCCAAUGCUUGACACACCCUGAUCAUGCCUGAUUACACACACACACACCCCGAGCAGGAUUCCCCCUUCCCAAGCCUGACCUGAUCUCCUACCUGGAAUGAGGGGAAGAGCCAUGGGUCCUGGAUGCUCAGGCCUCCAAGGAAAGGGAGAUCCCAAGAAACGCCCAUGCCGGUGAGUUGUCAAUGAAAUGGAUGCAGAAACCAUCUGUGAAGUGAAGGGAGAAGCUGGGACUCCCACCAAUGUGUUGUGAGUGAAUAUUUCCAAUUCUGCCUCAUCUCACCAGGUCAGGGUUGGAUCCAGAUCAUAGAAUCAUAGGACUGGAAGGGACCUCAAGAUGUCAUCUAGUUCAGUCCCCAGCACUCGCAGCAAGUAUUUAGACCAUCCCUGACAGGUGUUUGUCUAACCUGCUCUUAAAAAUCUCCAAUGAUGGAGAUUCCACAACCUCCCUAGGCAAUUUAUUCCAGUGCUUAACCACCCUGACAGUUAGGAAGUUUUUCCUAAUGUCCAACCUAAACCUCCCUUGUUCCAAUUUAAGCCCAUUGCUUCUUGUCCUAUCCUCAGAGGUUAACAAGAACAAUUUUUCUCCCUCCUCCUUGUAACAACUUUUUAUGUAUUUGAAAACUGUUAUCAUGUCCUCUCUCAGUCUUCUCUUCUCCAGACUAAACAAACCCAGUUUUUUCAAUCUUCCCUCAUAGGUCAUGUUUUCUAGACCUUUCAUCAUUUUUGUUGCUCUCCUUUGGACUUUCUCCAAUUUGUCCACAUCUUUCCUGAAGUGUAGCGCCGUGAACUGGACACACUAUUUCAGCUGAGGCCAUAUCAGCCCGGAGUAGAGCGGAAGAAUUACUUCCCAUGUGUUGCUUACAACUCUCCUGCUAAUACAUCCCAGCAUGAUGUUUGCAUGUAUCCUCAUGGUGGUUUUCAUUCAUGGUUCCCCACCCAAUAUCACCGACAGCUGGCAUGAGCUUGCUAUCUUGUAUCUGAUACGCCACUAUCCACCAUAACUGGAUUAUUCCUCUUCGUCUUCCAAGCAUGCCUGGAGCCUCUUUGUAGUCUCCAUGCCGGGAAGGUGAGAAAGAACAACCCACUUGAUCAUGGAGCAUCAGAUGUCCACUUUAGAAAAGCAGGAAUUACAGAGGUGAUGGGAGGAUGAGUGAGAACAAGGAGGAGAAUUCUCAGCAGGAAGGCGCUGAGGAAGUGGAACUGCACAAAACUUUAUCAGGAAGAUCCAAAGGGAAUUUUUUCCAGAGUCAUAAGCAGGGAAAAGCCUGGGGGAUUCCACGCAAGUCAGAGAAGCAGCAGGGAAACCAGCCAGGAAAGAAAGUGGGUAAAACCACUAAUUGUAAGGGAAGUGGCAAGGACCUCGAGGAAACCACAGCCCAGCGGAGAAUCCACAGAGAAGGGAGAAAAAACACAUGCACCAAAUGUGGGAAAAGCUUCAGUCGUAGCUCAAACCUUGUUUCCCAUUGGAGAAUCCACACAGGAGAGAGGCCAUAUAAAUGUAUUGAGUGCGGGAAAAGCUUCAAUCAGAGCUCUAACCUUGUUUCCCAUCAGAGAAUUCACACGGGAGAGAGACCCUAUAAAUGUCUGGACUGUGGGGAAAACUUCAACCAGAGCUCAGACCUUAUCACACAUCAGAGACUGCACACGGGAGAGAAACCAUAUAAAUGUAUUAAGUGUGGAAAAACCUUCAAUCAGAGCUCAAACCUUAUUUCACAUCAGCGAAUUCACACACGAGAGAGGCCCUAUAAAUGCCUUGAGUGUGCGGAAAGUUUUGACUGGAGCACCCAACUUAUUAGACACCAGAUAAUCCAUACAGGAGACAGACCCUAUAAAUGCUUGGAUUGUGGGAAAAGCUUCAGUGAUAGCUCAGCCCUUAUUACACAUCAGCGAACCCACACGGGAGAGAAACCCUAUAAGUGCCUCGAGUGCGGGAAGAGCUUCAACCAGAGCUCCACUCUGAUUAGACACAAGAGGACUCACACGGGAGAAAAGCCCUAUAAAUGCUCAGACUGCGGGAAAAGUUUCAAUCAGAGCUCGAACCUAAUUACGCAUCAGAGACUCCACUUAGGAGAGAAACCUUGAAUGUGGGUGAUGCUUCAGUUGGACUUCAAUCACGUUCGCCAACGGCAAAUUCAGACAGGGAAGAGACCUCUUAAAUGUCCUUAGCGUGGAAAAGAUUUCAGCUGGAGCAAACGCUAUCCUGGACAUCAGCGACUCCAGCAGCAGCUGAACGUAAGCUGUCAGUGGCCCUCUGGUUCUGCCUGGUCUAAGCAAAUCCCAGGCAGAGGAGGAGAAGACCUGGGUAGAGUCCCAGCACCUGGCCUCCAGCCUGAGCCUGAAAGUUUACACUGCAAUUUUAGAGCCCCCCGAGCCUCGGAAGCCUGAGUCAGCUAACAUGGGUCAGCCACAGUGUCUGAUUGCAAUGUAGACAUACCCUGAGGGUUUGCCAACAUAAAGAAAAGAGGCCAGAGUUUGGUCAGGGAUAGCUGGCACAUUUCCCCCCAACACUGACCAAGCCUCCACCACUUUUCUGAGUCUAGGCCAACGCUGACCAUCUCAUUUAUAUCUGCAGUGUUGUUGUAGCCGAGUCAGUCCCAGGAUAUUAGGGAGACAAGGUGGGUGAAGUAAUAUCUUUUAUUGGACCAAUUUCUCCAUCUCAUUUAUAGUGUCCUCUGCAUUAGCGACUCCUGAGGGAAUUCUACGCCAUUGUGCAAGGGCAGAAUUAAUGUCCCCCGCAGAUUUUUUUCCCACCUCAGAAUAAUUGAUUGUGACGGGGAGGCGAAGGGAAGUUACGAGAAGAGUCAUGCAAUUACACCUUUUGCCCACCAUGGGGCUGAUGUGGCACUAGGAGAGAGGGCAGCUGGCUCAUGGGCUGGAGCAGCCAGCCACUUACAGCACCCUGUCUGUGGGGCUAGGUGAGGAGACACAGGAUAUGGGGAGGACAGACAGCGUGGGGCACACAGGACUGCUGGGGGCUUUCAGAGGCUGGGGUUCAGAAGGGCCAGUGGGGGGACAGAUCGGGGGCACAGGAGCUAGUGGGGUGACACUGAGCCAGAGGCAAAUUGGGAGUGGGGGUGCAGGGACACAUGGGGACAGGGAAAGAUGUGUCUGACUGAAUGGGAGAGGCUAGGGAUCAGCCAGGGUCUGUAUCGGGGAGGCUCCCCAACUCCCUAACAAUCCCUCUCCCCCUUCCCUAGAAAUCCCUGUUCCAUAUUUCUCCCACCCACACCCAACAACCCUCCAGGUUCAUUCCCAGGCUCCUUUCCAGUGAUUAUUUCCCUCUCCCUCAGCUCCUCUGUUACCCCUGAUUCUCCCCGAGCCUUUGCACUGGUUCUGAGGGGAGUGGGAAAUAUGUUUCUGUACUGUAGUUGAAAUGAAUAAUUACUCAAAUUUAUAUAUUAAUAUGCCUAGUAAGGAAUCUAUUUAUCAAAAAACAAAGUUUAGCUGGUUUAGAAGAGAACACAGGGAAAUCUGUUCUCCUAACUUUGUGUCAACUGCAACUUGCUCCAGAAUUUCACAUUAUCUAAGCCUCAAAGUGCAUUAUAACUCCCUGUGUUCUGUUUUUUCUCUUUCCUGAAGGCUGUUUUGUCACAUACUUGGAUAUUAGUUUUUGUUUGACUGCAGGGGGUGGGGAGCAGGUUUGCAUAGUUUUAUUGUGGAAAUUUAUGACACAAAUGACUAGUUGGCACAAUAUCCCUUCAUUAUUUUUGCUUUUUCGUCCAUCUCUGCCAUGAGACUUUAAUAUUGGUUGAACAGUUCAUCCAUUAGUUAUUAAUAACUGAUUUUUCAAGUAACUGCUGACACAAACACUGAUGGGCACAUGUGAAAGUCCCGGAGAGGUGGAGCCUGAAAAGGGGAAAGGAAGUAACUACCUGAUCCCAGGGGUGAGGUGAGAGACAGGUAGGAGGGGGAGAGAGCAUGGGAGGCGGGGGAUACAGAGCUGGGAAACUGUAGGGUUUGCUCGUGAGAGCCAGAUGGCCGAGGCUGAGAACUGUGAACUUGCUGAACGGCGGCUAGAAAGAGACAGGAAGUAUCUUAGAAGUUUUAUGUGAUGUUGUCACGUUCUCCAAAGGGAAUGACAGGGUGGCCCCCGGAUUCCUGAAUGGAUGAGGCUGAGCAGAGCCAAGAAAGAAGCCGGGGACAGCAACAGGCCAGGCCAGCCCUGAAUCCAGACUGGUCCCCAUCAUUGAGGCCAGCGGGCAGUAAGGAGCCUGACAGCGCUGGUCACCCCUUCCCCAACUACCGUAGUGUCUUGGGUGGGGACAACGGAGACUCUGUCUGCCCCACUCACCAGGGGUGUCCCUAGGGGGGAGAAAAGCUGCUGGGAUUGAAGAUACCGAUGCUUCUGUAAAUUCAACCCAUUCUCUGACUCCCGUUAAACAGCCCUCUGGAUUUCCUGCUCCCGGGGCAUUUGUUUCUGGGACUGAAGCUCAGCAUCGCUCAUGGAUUCUCUGCACUUUCCCACCAUCUUUAAAAAGCUUCUGUCACCAGCACCCGCAGGAAGCGGGAGCAGCCAUGUGCUGGGAUGGGGCACCGUGCUGAGGUGGGGCCCUGGAUGGAAGGUGGGGUUAGCUUUUAUGUCUUGCUUUUAAAUAAUAAAGUAGAA